UCCGGGGCUAGCGCCUGAGAUCCCUUUCCCAGAGUGCUCUGCGCCGUGAAGAAGCGGCUCCCGGGGACUGGGGGCAUUUUGCGUUGGCUGGAGCCGGAGUAACAAGAUGGCGGCGUCGGCGGAGUGACAGGGGUCCCUCCGGGCGGGAGCCGGCGGCAGUGGUGGCAGCGGUAUCACCGCCCUAACUCACCGCGCCCCUUUUCCAGCCCGCGACGUCGCCGCGAAAGCGUGGCAGCGGCGGCCGCCCAGAAACAAGUGGCCCAGCCUGGGAACCGCGAGAACCCCUCACAAACUGCGGCCUGACAAAAAACAAAAACAAAAAAACAAAACAAUCUGACUGAGCGGCGGUGAUCAGGUUCCCUUUGGCGGAUUCUGGGCCCUGUGACGCCAAAAGCCAACGUUUUCCGUUUCCUGCCGCCCUCCUCCGCAGCCUUGCUCAGGGGACGAUCACAGAGGCCUCUGUCCUCCUCUAAGAGGUGUCGGGGCUUGGCCCCAGCCUCCGUCUUCGUCUCUCAGGAUGGCGAGCAGCAGCGGCUCCAAGGCCGAAUUCAUUGUCGGAGGGAAAUAUAAACUGGUACGGAAGAUCGGGUCUGGCUCCUUCGGGGACAUCUAUCUGGCGAUCAACAUCACCAAUGGCGAGGAAGUGGCAGUGAAGCUAGAAUCUCAGAAGGCCAGGCAUCCCCAGUUGCUGUACGAGAGCAAACUCUAUAAGAUCCUUCAGGGUGGGGUCGGCAUCCCCCACAUACGGUGGUAUGGUCAGGAAAAAGACUACAAUGUUCUAGUCAUGGAUCUUCUUGGACCCAGCCUCGAAGACCUCUUCAAUUUCUGUUCAAGGAGGUUCACAAUGAAAACUGUACUUAUGUUAGCUGACCAGAUGAUCAGUAGAAUUGAAUAUGUGCAUACAAAGAAUUUUAUACACAGAGACAUUAAACCAGAUAACUUCCUAAUGGGUAUUGGGCGUCACUGUAAUAAGUGUUUAGAAUCUCCAGUGGGGAAGAGGAAAAGAAGCAUGACUGUUAGUACUUCUCAGGACCCAUCUUUCUCAGGAUUAAACCAGUUAUUCCUUAUUGAUUUUGGUUUGGCCAAAAAGUACAGAGACAACAGGACAAGACAACACAUACCAUACAGAGAAGAUAAGAAUCUCACCGGCACUGCCCGGUAUGCUAGCAUCAAUGCACAUCUUGGUAUUGAACAGAGUCGCCGAGAUGACAUGGAAUCAUUAGGAUAUGUUUUGAUGUAUUUUAAUAGAACCAGCCUGCCAUGGCAAGGACUAAAGGCUGCAACAAAGAAACAAAAAUAUGAAAAGAUUAGUGAAAAGAAGAUGUCCACUCCUGUUGAAGUUUUAUGUAAGGGUUUUCCUGCAGAAUUUGCCAUGUACUUAAACUAUUGUCGUGGGCUGCGCUUUGAGGAAGCCCCGGAUUACAUGUAUCUGAGGCAGCUAUUCCGCAUUCUUUUCAGGACCCUGAACCACCAGUAUGACUACACAUUUGACUGGACAAUGUUAAAGCAGAAAGCAGCGCAGCAGGCAGCCUCUUCGAGUGGGCAGGGUCAGCAGGCCCAAACCCCCACAGGCAAGCAAACUGACAAAACCAAGAGUAACAUGAAAGGUCUUAAAGAUGAGAAGUUGGAUCCACUGAGUUAGUUUCUAAGCAUGAAUCAAGGAACAGAAGAAGCAGUGCAGAUGAUCGGAGCAGCAUUUGUUUCUCCCCAAAUCUAGAAAUUUUAGUUCAUAUGUACACUAGCCAGUGGUUGUGGACAACCAUUUACUUGGUGUAAAGAACUUAAUUUCAGUAUAAACUGGCUCUGGGCAGCAUUGGUGAUGCUGGGUCCCGAGUUGUAGCUGCUGUUAAUUGUGAAUAUUAACUGAGAUAGUGAAACAUGGUGUCCAGUUUUAUAUUGCAUUUUUUCAAGUGGAAAAGUUAACGAAAUGGUUGACACACACAAAUUGGUGGAGAAAUUGUGCAUAUGCCAAUUUUUUUUGUUAAAAAUAUUUUACUUUGAACUAUACUGCUUUGAGAUCUCAUUUCAGAAGAACGGCAUGAACAGUCUUCAGCCACAGUUGUGAUGGUUGUAAAUGCUCACAAUUGUGCAUUCUUAGGGUUUAUCCACCCCUGGGGUUUGCAAGUUGUUCACUUAAAACAUUCUUACAAUGGUUGGCUUCUUGUUUGCAAGCCAGCUGAUAUGGUAGCAACCAAAGAUUCCAGUGUUUGAGCAUAUGAAAGACUGCCUGCUUACCUGUGCUAGAAAUAACAGCAUCUAAAAGUGAAGACUUAAGAAAAACUUAGUGACUACUAGAUUAUCCUUAGGACUCUGCAUUAACUCUAUAAUGUUAUUGGUAUUAAAAAAAAAAAAGCAUAUUUGUCACACAAAAUUAGUUAACAUCUUAAAACUGAACAUGUAUGUAUGUUGCUUAGAUAAAUGUAAUCACUGUAAACAUCUAUAUGAUCUGGGAUUUUGUUUUUAUUUUGAAAUGGGAGCUUUUUUGUUUACAAGUUCAUUAAAAAUGAUAAACUGUUUCUGUAAGGAAA